CGAGAUUAAUAGAGAUCCGGCUGUCAGCCGGACGCCUCACCGUCUGAGCGAGAUCUGAGCUGGUAGCACCAACCAGACGGCCAGUCUUCCCGCAGAUCGCAACCUGCGUGGGCAAGAACCGAUAUCGUGAUCGAUCGUACGGUCUAAGUCUUCUUUGAGCAAUUCAUUUCCUAGGCUAGUCCGCGUGUUACAAAAACGUUUUAUCCUCUAGUCACUUCAGCAAAUAUUUCUAAUGAGAUAACGACAGUGAUAAUUACACGUUAUAGUUGAUUAACCUGAUAACUAGAUUAGAGAGAAGGAGAGAGGGGUAGAGAGAGAGAGAGAGAGAGAGAGAGAGAGAGAGAGAGAGAGAAAGAACAAAUACAAAAUUAUAGUUUAUCAAUUGUAUCGUAGAAUUUGGUUUGUUCUUUUUUUUCUUUAUAAAUAAAGGUCCAUCUUUAUUUUCGUACCGAUGCGAAUGCAAAGCACGAGGGGAUGGUGGAGCGUCCUCGGCAGUUUUGCUCUGAUUUUUCUCGCCAAUAUACGAUUAGCUUUCAGCGAGAAGGAUUUGGCGGGAAAAGCUCAUACGGAGGAAAUACGGCAACAUCUUUGCUGUGCAAGGCAUGAGAAACUGAUCGACGUCGGUUAUGGAAUAUCUGGAGAAGUUAUACAAAUUGAUAUCGGACAUUGUCGAAAGCUCUGUCCUCGACAUGUUUCCGACGAUCCCGGCGAUGCUAGCAAACCGGCUGUUCAGAGAUGUUCGCAAGAUGGUCACUGUCGGCCAAGGGCUGCUAGACUGGAAAGAGUAUCCACAUUGCAGGGAGUUCGUAUUAUCGAGGCUGUUGAUGCUUGCGAUUGUUCUUCAGAUUCCUCUUGUAAAAGAGAAUCCUAUACGCAUCUUUUACAUUCUGGUACACCGUAUCAGGUCAUUAUCGAUGUUGGGGUUUGCAUAGGACAUUGCGGCAAAGAUCUUGGUUGCAAACCUACAAGAAAUAACACAGUCAGCGUUAAAGGACCAAAUGGAGACGAAGUGUAUCCAGUUAUUGAGAAAUGCAGUUGCGUCGGUAAUUGUCAUCGAAUGGAUCAUAUGGAAAAAGUGUUGGAUUUCAGUGAAGUUGAGAUUAAAGAGGGUACCAAUACGACCGACGUCAAACCUAUAAUCAGAGAAAUCAAUGUUGGUCAAUGUGUUGGAGGUUGUCCUGGAAACGAAACAGAAACUUGCAUUUUACGUGACAAACGAGACCCAGCCAGAUGUUUAGCUGGUCUUUAUUCCAAACAACAUACUUGCACACCUGCGAGAUUCAAAGUUCACGAAUACAGAACUCGACGAGGAUCGAAACGCGAAGUGAUACAAAUAACGGAAUGCAUUUGCGUAUAAUCAUCGUUGAAAAAGAUGCCAAUUUUUUGAUCAACAAGAAAAAAUAAGAAUCGGAGACGAAGAUGUUCUUAGGAUAGAUAAUAUCCUUUUACGUUUAGCGAAUGAACGAGAUGUUAAGAUCCAUCUAAUUUUAUUUUUUAUUUUUUAUUUCAUUUUAUUUUAGAUCUCUAUCAUUUAGUUACGUGGCUAAUAAAUUUUGUAAUGUCUUCUUUUCUAAAGAGAAUUCAUUCAUUAAAUUCACUACUUUAAUUGGCAGGAUGUUUAUUGUCCUUGCGUAUAAUAGUUGUAAUGAUGUAUAGGUUAAAUCAUCAAAUAAUAAUGAAUUAUUUUCAAAUAAAUUUUGGAAAUUUUUUGAUCUAAC